AUGCGCAUCUUCGGCAAGGACUCCAAACCUCUUCCACCAAGUUCUGAAUCUACGCCAGCGCCAUCCAGGGAUUCGACAACCAACUGGUUCGAGGGUCUGGAAGUUGUUCCAGUCGGCCACGGAAUCGAAGCAGUUCCAGUGCAUCCUGGAGUGGAAGUAGUACCAUCGGAACAUUUGCCUAGCACUCCUUUAUUACAACUUCGUCUAGGCGAAGCAGGGAAGGAGGUAAUACAUCAGGAGGUCCUAGAGCCAGAACCAGACACUCGACGUCGACGUCUAAAAUGGUGGAUUCUGGCUGUGACAGUCCUUAUUGUCCUGAUAGCGGUUGGGGUUGUACUAGGGAUUGUACUUAGUCGGAAACAUCCCUCAUCAAAAGCAAAUUCCCAGUCUCCAACAGCAUCAACAGUAACACAAGCGGCCACUCCAACGCACUCGAGCAACAAAUCUGCCUCUGCGUCCAGCACAGCUACUAUAACACCGACGCCGACAAUCUUUUCCCACGACGGCGCAUUCAACGGCAGCGGCUUUACUGUGCUUGAUCUUGGUGACUCGGACGUGGGCAUUGAUCUUUUCUAUCAGCAUUACACUGGAGAAAUCCGCAACCUCAUCCUGCAGAACAACGCAUCAGCUGGGCAAGACGCAGAAAUUGUCGUGCCGUCAAAUGCCAGGAAUGGAACUUCUUUAACAGCCAUCUCAUACAACAAAAACAAUACCCUUACCUGGCACGUCUUCUACAUCGACACGAACAACAUCGUACAGGAAGCCACCCGCAACAGCUCUAGCAAAAUAUACAUCACAGGUCCCGUAGGCAAGCUCAAGGCCGUCGCAGCAGAAGGCCCCAGUGUUGGUCUCAUGGUAUGCUACAACGACGACUACUACGGCACCAGCCCUUCGUCCUCAUCUUCCUCCUCCUCUUCAAUUUCUGGCGCCGGGCUACGUCUCUUCUACGGCAGCAGCGCGACCACCAUCCAAGAGCUCGAAUGGGGAUACGGCACAACAGACUGGAAAGAAGGCAAUACAUUCCACAACGCCAACGGACAAGGCGGCGUUGCCUGCGCCGGUGUCGGAUCGGGGAUAACCUACCUGUAUGCAGCAACUCCGACGACUGAUAUUGACGGCGGCAAUCAGAUCCAAAUGUGGUGGAAAGACUUUAACGUCAACGCGACUGCAAACACGACUAGUCACCCGACUGGAAUCUGGAAUGCGGGUCCCGCUACAAGUUAUGCCCUGCGACCAAACACCUCUUUAAGCAACAGCAAUUUCGUGUAUUUCCAAGAUGCGUCAGGGUACAUUGUUGGACUCAAGAGCAACGCCCAGGCUGAGUCCUCGUCCUGGGGCGACAAUUUUUUCGUCGGGGAUAACCUCAAAGCUCUCCCAGGAACGCAGAUUACUUCGACAACGUCAUAUCCCAGCGGCGAUACGCCCUCGACUUUGCAUGUCUUCUUCCAAUUAAAUGGCGAUGAUGUCCACGAGUAUAACCGGCCCACUGCAGGCGGGAGUUGGUCGUGGAGCGUUCUGCAGGGAGUGUGA